CAGAUAUUCGUGGUCCAGUGCUACUGUGAUUCCAGUUGUUUUCACAUACCCUCGCUAACAAAGAGACUCAGAGCUGCUGUCUCUUACAUCUCCGAGUAAAUGUGGUGAGUGAUGCGCAACUAACGAUUGACGCUCCUGUUAGCUAUCGAGGCGAGGACGAAGAAAUAAGAAAGAGCAGAAACACACCUUGAUCUCAAGAAGAGAAAUUAGGGGAGAGUUUGAAAAGCUUCAGACAAACUUGAUUGAACGUGAAGAGCGAAAAUGGUGUCGGCCGGACUGGAGAUCAUGGGACUAUCGCUGUGCGCAAUUGGCUCGCUCCUGGUGAUGGUUUCGUGCGGGCUGCCCAUGUGGAAGGUGACGGCUUUCAUCGAAGCCAACAUCGUGGUGGCUCAGACAAUCUGGGACGGCUUGUGGAUGACGUGUGUGGUGCAGAGUACAGGCCAGAUGCAGUGCAAGGUGCACGACUCGGUCCUCGCCCUCAGCCACGACCUGCAGGCGGCCAGAGCGCUCACCAUCAUCUCCUCGGUGAUGGGCGUGCUGGGGCUCAUGGUUGUCAUUGCGGGGGCGCAGUGCACCAACUGCCUCCAAACUGAGUACGUCAAAGCCCGGGUGGUGAACGCCGGAGGGGUCAUCUACAUCAUCAGUGGUCUGUUUGUGCUGGUGCCUCUGUGCUGGAUGGCCAACAACAUCAUAUCAGACUUCUACAACCCGCAGGUGCCCGCAUCCAAGAAGAGGGAGAUCGGCGCUGCGCUCUACAUCGGCUGGGCGGCCUCAGCGCUGCUGCUGAUCGGAGGAGCGCUGCUGUGCUGCUCCUGUCCUUCCAGCGGGAACUCUGGAUACUCGGUAAAAUACGCACCAACAAAGAGAACCACGCCGAACGGGGACUAUGACAAGAGGAAUUAUGUGUAGCUUUGUGGCUCAUAGCAGGCUUUGCGUAAAAGUGACCUGCAGCUUUUGUAAAACUGUUUUUUGACGGACGUUAUCUUUGCACCUGCAGUUUAAAAAAAAAAAAAAAAUCUGAACUUUGAAAAUCAGUGGAAGCACCUCUCCUGUUUUUACACUGGCCCUUCAAUGCGCUCGGACCACAAAUUCACAAAUGCUUUUUUUUUUUAUCUAACAGGAGAUUAAAAAAGACUAUCAACUACAAGAGGUAACUCAUGACAAAAAGGGGUAUCUUUGUUAGGUACCUGCUUUUGUAAGUCUUCGAAAUUAUUAGUAUUUUGAAUUGUUCACCGUUGUAUCUGCAAAGUGUUUCUUUUCUAGAGGAACUCUUGUCAUCGAAUAUAUACACUGUUCUUUUGCCUUGAUGUGCAUUGUCUGCACAAACUUGUACAGUAACUGAGAAUUAUUGCACUCCCACACAUUCAAAGACCCACUUCCUUUAGUGGGACUACGCCGACAUGUUGAGGACUCCAACAAUGUCUAAUAGUAAUAAAGAACAAAGAAGAAAAGUGUAGACAUGUUAAAGCCCUAAUAAAUCUCGGACAGGCUUUUGUGUUGCUAAGUUGAUUGCUGCGACUUUGAAGUUUGCAGUCUACUUUUGGACUUGUACAGUCCGGAGAGCCUGUGAUAGGUCACAACAUGAUGUGUUACAGUCUGUUGUUCGGCUGCACUGAGCACCUGCAACGUUUUGCAUCAUUGUCACUGCAGGAAGUCUUUUCUUUUUAAAACUUUAAGGAAUAAACUUUGUUUUCUGUUGGUUUGUUGACGUUUGAUGUUAUGAUUCAUUAUUCGUGUAUAUGAAGAUGCAAUAUUGUUUCAUUUUAUUAAAAUUAAACUGAAUAUAUUGUCUGAAA